CUCACAACUAAUUCUUAUGAUCGAUUUUAAGUCUCUUAACUAAUGAACCUGUUUCUUAGAGAUUUGAUACCUUGUCCAGUUAUAGUUUACAUAGUCAAUAACAUGGAAGAUUCAAGAUUGGACUAAUAUAAUAUCAAACUGUAUAGUAUAGUAUUCAACUAAUUAAAAAUCUAAUUUGACCUUUUAUUGUGUUUAAGCUAUAAUUAGUAUAUGAUCUAUUGAGCUUAUCACGUCUUUCAUCGCCAGCGUGAAUCGUGAUUUGUUUAAUCAUUCACAGUCUGAUUAUUGAAGUUUUCUUGCUUGCAAGGAACUACAUUUUCUUCUUAUUUUCUCAAAUUUUUGCUCAAGAAAUGGUAAUAAUACAGUAUAACACCUGAAAUUCAAACCUCAAAAUUAAAGGCUUACUGUAAUUAUUGCAUGGACGGUGCCUUGUUGUUAAGCAAUGGGUAGUGAAUUGUUAAGGUCAUCAUCAGGCAGGUCUCAGAGAUGGCUCAGAAAGAAAGCCAAGAAAUCCGAACCGUCUAGCUCGGCUGAAGUUUCAGAUAGUGAACCUGAGGAAUACCAGAGCCAUAGUUUUGUGACAUCUAGAGAUAUCAGAUCUUCAGGGUUAACACAUGAACUAAGGGUUUUCGUGGGGACAUGGAAUGUGGGUGGAAAAUCACCAAUAGGAAGCCUAGCUGCAGAUUUGGAUGAAUGGCUAAAUUUAAAGAACGCAGUGGACAUUUACGUUCUUGGGUUUCAAGAGAUUGUACCUCUUAAAACAAUGACAGUGAUCGGAAUGGAAGAUUAUACAGAUGCAAGAAAAUGGAACCUGCUAAUAGGAAAAACUCUCAACAAUAAAGUUGGGUGUGUUUGGUUAACACCUACAAUGAAUUCUCCAAUAAUUAGUGACGAUUAUGAAUAUGCCAAGCCUUCGAAUUCUAGAGGAGAAACGAGAUUUAAAAGAAGCACGACUCCAUUGAGAGAGAGAUUGAAAAGUCAACAUGACGGACAACAAGGUGGAAAUGCUGCAUAUAAAUUGAUGGCCAGCAAGAAGAUGGUCGGAAUCUUCAUAAGUGUAUGGAUGAAAAGGGAUAUUAUAAGGAAGUAUAGAGUAUCAAAUGUCAAGGCAUUUCCUGUUGCUUGUGGUAUAAUGGGUUACUUGGGGAACAAAGGUGCUGUCUCAGUCAGUAUGUCAAUAGAUGGAACUAGUUUCUGCUUCAUUACUGCUCAUUUGGCUUCCGGACAGAAGAAAGGGGAUGAGUUGCGAAGGAAUCAACAAGUUGGGGAAAUCUUCAAGCGAACAACCUUCCCUCGCCUUCCUCAAGAGUUUGAUGAUCCUCUUCCUCCCACCAUAUCCGGACACGACCGAAUAUUCUGGUUUGGGGACCUGAACUACCGACUAUGCAUGGAUGAUGAUAAGGCCAGGGAGCUGAUAAGAAAGAAGAAAUGGAAAGAACUGCAGAAGUUUGACCAGCUCAAGAAGGAACAACAGCAAGGAGUAUUCCAAGGCUGGAAAGAAGGGGAUAUAGAGUUUGCACCCACCUACAAGUACUCUGUAGAACUUGGAAAUAGAUACACAGGAGACAAACACGCCCCAUUCAAUCCAAAUACAGGAGAAAAGCGAAGAACCCCAGCAUGGUGUGACAGGAUUAUGUGGUUCGGGAAAGGGAUACAACAACUUUCCUAUGUUCGUGGAGAAAGUAAAUUCUCUGACCAUAGGCCAGUCUCUGCCCUUUUCACCACAGAAGUUGAUGUCCUGGGACCUGCUAAUUCAAAGACAGUUGCAUUAAGCAAGUUUCUUACAUCCAUGAAUCUCUCUAGAUUUGAUGUAACUCCUGGCCAAGCCACCAUCAUCCCUAAACGUACGUUAUUAUCACUGAUCAAAGCAGAAGCAGAAGAAUCAGCAAGAGAAACUGUAGAUAAUACACAAAAUAGGUCAUAGCAUUAAGCUGGUGUUUCCCACGGCACAUUGCUGCAGCUUAACAGGGUUUUAUAGGUGAAGAUAACUGCAACACAUCCCUAAUCACCCUAUUGAUGUUUAUAGCCUCAUACGAUUAUUCAUUCUUUCAUCCUCUCUUCCAUGUCACCAUCUUGGUGGUGGCAGUGAAGAGGGGGUCCUUGGACAUCAGUUGUGAUUUUCCCCCUCUUUUGCCCUCUUUGCUUCUAGUAUAACUUAAUACACGAGUACACAACACAGUACAGAAGUACAGUAGCAAAAGUCAUUGGUGCAGAACUCAGGGGAAAAGCCAUCAGAGUU